GUACCAGCACAGUGAUGGGCACACAGUCGGUAUAGACACUGACAGCGAGGCGACUUGAGGGAAGAGACAGAGCUAAAGCAGCGGAAGCUGGGAAAGUCCACUGGGAACCAGAGAGAGGAUGAAAGCCGCGGGAUACAAGGCUUACAUCACAGCACCGGCGUCUCCACUAUCUAGAUUUUAGGACACAUGGGAGUCGCUGCACUUUGGUUUAGCUAAGUGAGAAAGUUCCGCAGAUAUACAGCCUACAAUGGUAAUAAAUGGGUCUCACCUGAACAGUUCGUCGCUAGACCCGAAUGACCACGUCUUGAAUCGCCCCCCCUGGGUUACAACAACUUUGGGGUCCUUCCUCAUCUUCACUAUCGUAGUUGACAUCCUGGGCAACCUGCUGGUGAUUUUCUCGGUGUAUCGGAACAAGAAGCUGAGGAACGCAGGAAACAUCUUCGUGGUAAGCCUUGCAGUGGCAGACCUUGUGGUGGCCAUCUACCCCUACCCUCUGGUCCUUACCUCCAUCUUUCACAAUGGUUGGAACCUGGGUUACGUCCACUGCCAGAUCAGUGGGUUCCUCAUGGGUGUUAGCGUCAUUGGCUCCAUCUUCAACAUCACUGGUAUCGCCAUCAACCGCUACUGCUACAUCUGCCACAGCCUCAAGUACGACAAGCUGUACAGUGACAAAAACUCUAUAUGCUAUGUUCUGUUAAUCUGGGCGCUGACAGUGGUGGCUAUUGUGCCCAACCUGUUUGUGGGUUCACUGCAAUAUGACCCACGAGUGUAUUCCUGCACCUUUGAGCAGUCGGCCAGCUCGGCGUACACCAUCGCAGUGGUUUUCUUUCAUUUCAUUUUGCCCAUCAUGAUUGUCACCUACUGCUACCUGCGCAUCUGGAUACUGGUCAUACAGGUGAGGAGACGGGUCAAGCCAGACAAUCGGCCCAAGCUGACACCGCACGACGUGAGGAACUUUGUCACGAUGUUUGUGGUGUUUGUGCUCUUUGCUGUAUGCUGGGCACCACUCAACUUCAUUGGUCUGGCAGUGGCAAUCAACCCAGAGGCAGCGGUGCCGCUCAUCCCGGAGUGGCUAUUUGUGGCCAGCUACUUCAUGGCCUACUUCAACAGCUGCCUUAAUGCCAUUGUGUAUGGUGUGCUGAACCAGAACUUCAGGCGCGAGUAUAAGCGCAUUGUGGUGUCGGUUUGCACGGCACGCAUCUUUUUCCAGGACAGCUCCAACGACGCAGGUGAGAGGCUUAAGAGUAAGCCUUCACCGCUCAUGACCAACAAUAACCAGGUCAAAGUGGAUUCAGUCUGAACUCAAAUUCAGUGGAACUUUGUGGCUGAACAUGAAAGGAUAUGCUGUUCCAGAGUAAAAAAAAGUCAUGAUCUGCUGACAGAGAGGUACCAAACAUACAAAAACAGCUCAUAUCCUCUAAACCAUCCACAGACUGUCUUUAGGUGCUAUUUCACCUCUGUACAAUCACAGUAAAAAAAAACAGGGGUGCUUAUAUCUGUCUUUUAUGAAGCACUUUUGUUUGUUUCUGCAGUACCUAUAGUACAGUAAAUAUGAUGUCCUUUUUGUUUCCAUGUUUACAGUGAUGAUAUAAAUAAAUACAUGUAUCAUGCAUUAUAUAAGUAUUUAUUUUGUAUGAAAUAUUAUGUAGAUAUAUAGCAAGAUGUAUCAGGUUUGUUUAACCCACAGUUAUGGUCCAAUGAUGAAAAAAAAAAGAGGCCAUUAGAAAAUAUCAACAAAUCUUAGUAAUAUAAUAAAACAGCUCUCAUGGAGUUAACUGAUAUUAGUAACCUCAUAUUUGUGACACUGUAACACUCAUUGAGUGCAAGCAAUGUGGGUUGCUAUUGUUUAUUGAUAAUCUGCAAAAUUAUCCCUUUCAUUGAGAAUGAUUUCUCUCUUUCUCUCUCUCUCUCCCGUUCUCUCUCUCUCUAUCUCUCUCUCUCUUUGUUUGCAACCACGUGAGCUCAUUGUACUGUAUGCAUGGAUAUAUGAGGAACUGUUCAUAUGCAAAAUAAAAUCUGAUAUUGAUGGAGGAUCUGA